UGCAAACCUGCUGAGUAUCCAUUUUCGCAAUACCUCGCAUAACCCUAUCUAGCAACACUGUAAAGAAGAAACCAUACUUGAGUUGGGUGGUGACCGGUGUUCCUUCUCUUCCACUUCCACCACCGUCCUCACCCACUCCGCCACCGUCAUCCGCCGUCAUGAGCCGCUACGACAGCCGCUCCGCCGACCCCUCUUCAUACCGUGAUCGAAGAAGUGAUUCUGGGCUGGGUGCACCUGCUGCCUCCACCGGGUACGGUGGUUCGAGCAUAAAGAAUCAUGACGACGGUGGUUCAGGGUCGCCCCGUAAGAUAAAUUUGGAUGGGUUGUCGCAUUUCGAGAAAAACUUCUACACUGAAUCACCCUCUGUUAGGGCAAUGACUGAAGCAGAGGUUGAUGAGUAUCGCCUGCGACGGGAAAUCACAGUUGAAGGCCGAGAUGUUCCCAAACCCGUCAAGACAUUUAACGAUGUCGGUUUUCCAGAGUAUGUGUUGGAAGAAGUUAAGAAAGCUGGCUUUGUUGAACCUACACCCAUUCAGUCACAAGGUUGGCCAAUGGCUUUGAAGGGGCGUGAUCUGAUAGGAAUUGCAGAAACCGGUUCAGGGAAGACACUUGCGUACUUGUUGCCUGCUAUUGUGCAUGUUAAUGCGCAGCCAAUUCUAGACCCUGGCGAUGGACCUAUUGUGUUAGUAUUGGCCCCAACACGUGAACUUGCUGUCCAAAUACAACAAGAGUGUACUAAGUUUGGUGCAUCGUCAAGGAUUAAGAGUACGUGCAUAUAUGGUGGGGUUCCAAAGGGGCCUCAGGUGCGUGAUCUCCAGAAAGGCGUUGAAAUCGUUAUUGCCACUCCGGGAAGGUUAAUUGAUAUGCUUGAGUCACAUCAUACUAACUUGCGAAGGGUCACAUAUCUGGUAUUGGAUGAAGCUGAUAGGAUGUUGGACAUGGGGUUUGAUCCUCAGAUACGGAAGAUUGUCUCACAGAUUCGUCCUGACCGUCAAACUCUGUACUGGAGUGCUACCUGGCCAAAGGAGGUUGAACAAUUGGCAAGGAAGUUCCUUUAUGAUCCAUACAAAGUAAUUAUAGGUUCUGAGGAUUUAAAAGCUAACCAUGCUAUAAAGCAAUAUGUUGACAUAGUUCCUGAAAAGCAGAAAUAUGAUAAAUUGGUGAAGUUGCUGGAGGACAUCAUGGAUGGCAGCCGAAUAUUGAUAUUCAUGGAUACUAAGAAAGGGUGUGAUCAGAUUACUAGGCAGCUUCGUAUGGACGGUUGGCCUGCACUUUCAAUUCAUGGAGAUAAAAGUCAAGCAGAAAGAGACUGGGUGCUCUCGGAGUUUAAAUCUGGAAAGAGUCCUAUAAUGACGGCGACAGAUGUUGCAGCUCGCGGAUUAGAUGUGAAGGAUGUAAAGUAUGUGAUAAAUUAUGACUUCCCGGGAUCACUUGAGGAUUAUGUUCAUCGCAUUGGUCGGACUGGGAGAGCUGGUGCAAAAGGAACUGCGUACACAUUCUUCACAGCUGCUAAUGCCAGAUUUGCAAAGGAACUUAUAACUAUACUCGAGGAAGCUGGACAGAGAGUGAGCCCUGACUUGGCAGCAAUGGGACGAGGUGCACCUCCUCCACCCUCAGGAGGAUUCCGAGAUCGUGGGAAGGGUUAUGGCAGUGGUCGCCCAUGGAGCUGAUUGAUGGAAUUCCAACAAUCUCCUUGCUACAACCUGACGCAUACACUUGCCGUUUAGGUUAUUGUAAGAAUAGUAAUAGGAGUUUGGUUUUUUUCUUUGUUAGACUCCUUUAUCACCUAUUCAUGGUUAAUAUGUCCAUAGAACAUUGAGAUGCCCUGUAUCUACAAUCGAACAGUUGUUUAUACUUGAUAGAUACCUCAGUAGUUCAUUUUGCAGGACGCUGGGGUGUAUUUGAUUUAAGUUACUUUUGGAUA